CAGCGGGCGCGAACCAUUUUUUUUUGUGCGACAGAACAAAAACAAGAGAAUAAUAGACGCAUAAAGAGCAUUACCCGUCCGAUUUUCACGGGCAGUACGAAAACAAGAACGGAGCAGAGAGCCCGUUAAUACGACGCGUCAUUUUCCGCCAUUUUACUGCUGUGAUUUGUUUGAAUUUUGCUGUGUCAGCGCGUUGGAAAUUCGUUGGACGAGAAUAAUGAAGCUACUGCUCCUGGUGGCCAUCGCGGCCUCCGUGGCGGCACUCACCUCCGGCGAGCCGUCGCUGCUCUCGGAUGAGUUCAUCGAGGUGGUGCGCAGUAAGGCCAAAACCUGGAAGGUGGGUCGCAAUUUCGAUGCAUCCGUAACGGAGGGACAUAUCCGCCGCCUGAUGGGCGUCCAUCCGGAUGCACACAAGUUCGCACUGCCCGAUAAGCGCGAAGUUCUUGGCGAUCUCUACAUGAAUAGCGUUGACGAGCUCCCCGAAGAGUUCGAUUCCCGCAAGCAGUGGCCAAACUGCCCAACCAUUGGCGAGAUUCGCGACCAGGGUUCAUGCGGCUCCUGCUGGGCCUUUGGUGCCGUUGAAGCCAUGUCCGAUCGCGUGUGCAUCCAUUCCGGCGGCAAGGUGAACUUCCACUUCUCGGCCGAUGAUCUCGUAUCCUGCUGCCACACCUGCGGAUUUGGCUGCAAUGGCGGAUUCCCCGGCGCCGCCUGGAGCUACUGGACACGCAAGGGAAUCGUCAGCGGAGGACCCUACGGAUCUAAUCAGGGCUGCCGUCCUUACGAGAUUUCUCCCUGUGAGCACCACGUGAAUGGAACCCGACCACCAUGUGCCCAUGGCGGUGGAACGCCCAAGUGCUCGCACGUGUGCCAGAGCAGUUACACCGUGGAUUAUGCCAAGGACAAGCACUUCGGCUCCAAGUCGUACUCGGUGAAGCGCAAUGUGCGUGAAAUUCAGGAGGAGAUCAUGACCAAUGGACCGGUUGAGGGAGCCUUCACCGUUUAUGAGGAUCUCAUUCUGUACAAGGACGGCGUCUAUCAGCACGAGCAUGGCAAGGAGCUGGGCGGUCAUGCCAUUCGCAUUUUGGGCUGGGGCGUUUGGGGCGAUGAGAAGAUCCCGUACUGGCUAAUUGGCAACUCGUGGAACACCGAUUGGGGCGAUCACGGAUUCUUCCGCAUCCUGCGUGGCCAGGAUCACUGCGGCAUCGAGAGCUCCAUUUCGGCGGGUCUGCCCAAGCUGUAGAUGUUACAUAUAUGUAUUCCCGGCCCCAAGCUGAUAUAUCAAAACCCUCUAUUUUCUAUCAUCCCCUCCUUUUAUUUUCAUUCCGAUUCGCAACUGACGUUUGUAGUUAAUGUAAACAACUAAACCUGAUUGAUAAUAAAGUAUUGUAUAUGACUGUGGAACUGUA